AAGACAUGGAAACUGAAAGUAGAACAUAAACAUUUAAGUUUAUUGCAAACUCGAGGUUUAGGAAGUCAUGGGUAAGACUAAUAAAGCCAAGUCAAGCAGUCACUUUCUUCAAUUCAACAAUGGCACUUCAUAAAAGUUCUGUUCAUGUGUUUAGUGGUAUAGAUUAUGUUCUUUUUGUUCUUGUGCUUAUAAUCUCAUUCCUCGUUGGACUAUACUAUGGAAUUUGGUCAAAAAAUAAACCAACUACACCUCAGGAAUAUUUUCUGGGCAACAGAAAUAUGGGCAUAUUUCCAGUAGCCAUUUCGCUUCUCGUUACAUUCGUAUCCGGAAUAAACCUCAUUGCUGUUUCAUCAGAUGUUUAUGCACACGGAACUCUUCAUUGGCUUUACGCUGUUAGUAACUUUGUAAUGGUCAUCGCAUCGUCAUUCAUAUUUCUUCCGGUUUUUUACGAACUUCGCUUGCCGUCAAGUUUUAGUUACUUGGAGCUACGGUUUGGACGCAAAGUCCAACUUCUUGCGAGUUUUAUAUAUCUCGUGGGAACUUCGUGUCUCGUAGCAGUGAUUCUGUAUAUACCGAGUUUAGUAAUCAACCAUGCGGCAGGACUAUCUACAGCCCUAACUACUAUAGUUUUGGGUUUAAUAUGUAUUUUCUAUACGGCUGUCGGAGGAUUUAGAGCUGUAAUUUGGGCAGAUCUCUUUCAAGCAAUUCUGAUGUUUGGAUCUUCAAUUGGGAUCGUUUGCGUGGGUCUUGGACUAGUCGGGGGAUUUGGUGAAAUUUGGGCAGCUGCAGAACGUGGGGGAAGACUAAUAUAUUCCAAUUUCAAUCCUGAUCCAACAAUUCGCCUUACGACCUGGACUUUUGUUAUUGGACAUUCGUUUCACAUAACCCAGCAGUUUGGUUUGAAUCAACAAUCCGUUCAACGCUGUUUGAGUGUUUCAAAUCUAACCAAAGCUCGGAUUAUUCUUUUUCUCUUUUACCUCGGACAAAUGUUCUUCGUAGCAUUUUCAAUAAUUGCAGCUCUACUGGUCUACGCUUAUUAUGAAACAUGCGACCCACUUUCAUCCGGAAUGAUUCAAAAAUUAGACCAACUUAUGGGUAAUUUUGUUUUCGAAAUGUCUGAACACUAUCCAGGUCUUUCGGGGCUGUUUAUUGCUGGUCUUAUUGCUUCAACUCUAUCUACAAUGUCUUCCUGUCUCAAUAGUUCAACCGUCUGCCUCUACGAGGACUUCAUAAAACCCAUUCUACCUCAAAUGUCUCAGAAGACGUCUUGCAAUUUGCUGAAAUUAUUUACCCUUCUCUUAGGAUGUCUUCAAAUCGUUUUAGUUUUUGUUGUGGAAAAAUUAGGAACUGCUUACGUAAUCCUAAUUACUGUUACCGGUUUAACGAACGGAGCAAUGCUCGGACUCUUCACGAUGGGCAUGUUGGUUUCGAAAGCUAAUCAAACGGGAGCAAUAGCUGGUACUAUUUCUGCAAUUUUUGGAUCUGCUGUACUCGUCAUUGGAGGUUUAUCUAAAAAACCAGAUCCACAUCUUCCAAUGAGAACAGAUGGAUGCUAUUUUAAUUUCACAAUUUCUACGAAUACUUUGCUGUCUACGACGUCUGAUCAAAAUGCAGAUCUUCCUUGGAUUUUCCGAAUAAGCUUUAUGUACUAUUGUUUAAUCGGAUUCAUGAUAGUAUUUCUUGUUGGAUAUCCUGUAAGUUUACUAACUGGUGGAAAUGAACUUAAGGAUAAACGACUUUUGGCACCUUUCAUGAGGAAGUAUCUUAGCACGACUACUACUAAAUUUGAACCUGAAGAAAUGAAUCCUCUUUCAAGGUUAGAGGAUAAUUAAAGUCUUAAAUCUUGAAAUUAUGAUAUUUAUCCGAAAACCAAUGACAUAUUUUGGCAGUAAUAUUUAAACUCUCUAAGCACGUUUUGUUAAGUAAAAACUACGAAAGGUUAAGAGACUCAUUUCAAUAACGAUUUUAAUUUCAUUGGUAUUACCCAGUUUAAUAAUUUUUUUCAAUCUAUUCAAAAUAUUAUAAUAAUUUCUACGUCAGAAUUUUUUUUUUCUUCGAAAAUAACACUAUAUGCGACUCGUAUGCAAUAUAAAAUAAAUGCCAAAAAGAAUUUUUAAUUAACCUUUUCUAAGUAUCAUAUUAUCAGAAUGUUUAUAAUGAGUAAUCUCCAAAAAGCUGUAAUAUAUUUUCUGCCAAAUAUCCUGAAGAAGCGCUGUAAUUAAAUUUAAAAAAAAUCGUGAUUUAAUCUGUGCAAUAAAAAGAGUGAAUUUGCCAAAAAAACGCUGAAAUAUUUUUAAUAUCCCACAGAAGUGUCUAAUUCAGUGAAAGAUAGGAACAUAAUAUUCAGGUAUAACCUCUCCUAUUUCCACAUUUUGCCCCCAACACAGAAAAGUUUGAAAUUUAUAAGAUAGACAAAAGCCCUUAAAUCUCUUCUACAUAUUACUCAAAGCUACAGCAAGCUUUUCCGACAAAAAAAAUAUUUUCUAUAACGUUACAGAUGGUACUUGAAUAGUGAAACAUUGCAUAUUGUGGAAACGAUUUUGCCUUCACUAUAUAUAUAAUAUAUUUGUAUAUUAUUUAGGGGACUUUUUCCAAGGGUGAACACUGAAUAAGAAAGGAAUUUGCUGACGAAUUGACGAAAUUGAAAGACGAAUUGAGCACUUUUCAUACAAAUGGUUGAAAAUGAAAGUCGCGCGAAUGGUUCAAUAUACUUUGGCAGGAAUUCAGUUGAAGCUCAUGAGGGCUCAAUGAAAAUUCCUCUGUGAAGGAUAACAAUUUUUUGUGUGGCUUAUUGAAGAGCUAUUUUUUGUCCUUGUUGGCUAAAUAAAUAAUAUCUACAAACAGAGAUAUGUCAUAUAAAUCAGGAAGCAAACCGAUAGCACUUGAUGGUAUGUAAAUUCAUUUAUGCAGAUGAGAGUUUAUCUCUCAAUUGAAGUGAUUAUGCGAUAAUGGGAGCAUUAAGAUGUUAUACGACCCUUAAUGGAUUUUCCAUCAUCACUUGUUUAUCUCAGUCAUUAAAUGCGGCGGGAAACUCCUUAAUUUUCAGUAAAACACAAUUUUAAUUUAGUAUGUGUGGAAAUCGGAAAUUUUAAUUUAGACUUUAAAUUUUUAAUAUACUCCCUUAAUGUGUUUUGCAUAAAUUUUUCAGUUGCAAUAUGCAAUACCUACUUUCAACUACCUGUAAUGCGUGUAUUAUGUAUAUGUAAUAGCAUUUUCACUCUAUGAAAAAUGAGUAAUAAAGUGUAUUCCUGUAA